AUGGGAGUGAAGUGUCAAUUGUUAUUAAACAACGAAGGGUGCUCUCUAUACAAGACUGGAGGCGAAGUCACAGGGACAGUGAACUACCUUGUCGACAAACCAACAGAGUUCUGCGGUGCUACAGUAUCCCUGAUAGGUACUGGAUAUUGCAGAUGGCAAGAAGGAAGCUCUAAAAAUAGAAGAACAUAUGUCGGUACCGAAACGUACGUUGAGCAACACAUAGAUAUAUUACAAUUGAAAGAUCAUGAAAUAACACAAAUUGAACCAGGAUCGUAUCAAUGCCCAUUUCAAUUUUUACUUCCUGAAGACGCACCUUCGACUCAUAGCGACGAGACUGGAAGUAUAACAUACAAAAUCAAAGUUGUCUUCAAGAAACCAGGUUUCAUUAAAUCAUCGGCGAAAUUCAGCACAACAAUUCAAGUUUACAGUAAUCCCCAACCAACUUUACCGGAACCUCUAAUAGCAGGUUUCAGAAAGGAAUUUCUGUUUUCAUCUAAAAACAAAUUUGUAAACAUAAAAGGUGAAGUAGAAAAGACGUUUAUAAAUGCAGGAGAAGACAUUAUGCUUACAGUAACUAUACAAAAGGAAACAGGCAUACCAAUCACUGGAAUAAGAACUGAAUUAGUAAACCUUAUGACAUAUACGGCGGAAUGUAACGCACAACAUAUAAAUCCCACUAUUGUAAAUGGAACAACCAGAGAGUACUCGGGAAUUACAGAAAAGAGUGAGACUACAUUCAGAUAUAUAAUCCCAUCAUUCCCGCAUUUGUUUUCAAUACAAAACUCUAAAGUGAUUGCUAAAGAAUAUAAAGCGAGGGUGACGGUUAGGUUUCCCUUUCCUCAUAUAAAUGCGUCGUUAGAUCUACCUGUGAUAUUGAAUAUGUUGGAUUGUGAAAUAAAAACAGGGGAACCUUCAACAGAUCAAUUAUCAACACAUGAUCUGCCGCCAUCAUAUUGGCAGGUUAUGAAUGAAGAUAUUAAUAAAAGUGACGAUGAAGAGUACGACGGGGAAAAGAAAAACGAUUAUUAUGAACCUCAGUCAAGUAAAUCUUAG